AUGGCCAACACGCAUCUGCCAAACAACUCUGAAGAUUGGAAGAAGGCUCUGAACCUUCCAACCAAGGACAUGCGUCCUCAGACCGAAGACGUCACCGCGACGAAGGGCAACGAAUUCGAGGACUACUAUCUUAAGCGCGAGCUGUUGAUGGGUAUUUUUGAGGCCGGCUUUGAGCGCCCCUCACCAAUUCAAGAGGAGUCAAUUCCCAUUGCCGUCGCUGGUCGCGACAUUCUCGCGCGCGCGAAAAACGGAACCGGAAAGACAGCCGCGUUUGUCAUCCCCGCGCUUGAGAAGGUCAACACCGCCGUGUCCACAAUCCAGUGCCUUAUACUUGUGCCCACCCGCGAGCUGGCGCUGCAGACAUCCCAGGUGUGCAAGACGCUUGGCAAGCACAUGGGCGUCAACGUGAUGGUUACUACCGGCGGAACCACGCUUAAGGACGACAUCAUUCGGCUAUCCGAGACCGUCCACAUUCUCGUUGGAACUCCCGGCCGCGUGCUGGAUCUCGCCGGCAAGGGCGUCGCCGACUUUAGCCAGGCCGAGACAUUCAUCAUGGACGAAGCCGACAAGCUGCUCAGCCCCGAGUUUACUCCUGUUAUUGAGCAACUGCUGGCGUUCUUCCCAGCCGGGCGCCAGAUCCUGCUGUACUCGGCCACGUUCCCACUGGUCGUCAAGAGCUUCAAGGACAAGCACAUGAACAAGCCGUAUGAGAUCAACCUGAUGGAGGAGCUGACCCUGCGCGGUGUGACGCAGUACUACGCCUUUGUCGAGGAGCGCCAGAAGGUGCACUGUCUUAACACGCUUUUUUCGAAGCUGCAAAUCAACCAGUCGAUUAUUUUCUGCAACUCCACCAACCGUGUCGAGCUCCUGGCCAAGAAGAUCACCGAGCUUGGCUAUUCAUGCUUCUACAGUCACGCGCGCAUGAUCCAGUCCCACCGCAACCGAGUCUUCCACGAUUUCCGUAACGGCGCUUGCCGCAAUCUCGUGUGCUCGGAUCUGCUCACCCGCGGUAUUGACAUCCAGGCCGUCAAUGUUGUCAUUAACUUUGACUUCCCCAAGAACGCCGAGACGUACCUCCACCGCAUUGGUCGCUCGGGCCGCUUCGGCCACCUUGGCCUGGCCAUCAACCUGAUCACCUACGAGGACCGCUUCAACCUCUACAAGAUUGAGCAGGAGCUUGGCACUGAGAUCCAGCCCAUUCCCCCUGUCAUUGACAAACGCCUAUACGUUGCCCCCAGCGCCAUGGACGAGCCCCCCCAGCAGCGCCAGCAGACCACUGCU